GGUCACCUUGUCCUCCACGGACUGUUACAUUGUGCAUGAGAUCUACAAUGGCGAGAACGCUCAGGACCAGUUUGAGUACGAGCUGGAGCAGGCCCUGGAAGCGCAGUACAAAUACAUAGUGAUAGAGCCCACUCGCAUCGGGGACGAGACGGCUCGCUGGAUCACUGUCGGGAACUGCCUGCACAAGACCGCCGUGUUAGCGGGCACCACCUGUCUCUUCACCCCCCUGGCACUUCCAGUAGAUUAUUCUCACUACAUCUCUCUGCCUGCCGGCGUGCUGAGCGUGGCUUGCUGCACCCUCUAUGGGAUCUCUUGGCAGUUCGAUCCCUGUUGCAAGUACCAGGUUGAGUACGAUGCCUAUAAACUGUCUCGCCUGCCCCUGCAUACGCUCACCUCCUCCACUCCGGUGGUGCUGGUGAGGAAGGACGACCUGCACAGAAAGAGACUGCACAACACGAUAGCACUCGCUGCCCUGGUGUACUGUGUAAAGAAGAUCUAUGAACUCUAUGCUGUAUGA